AUGUUCAUCGUUGCUCGUUUCUUCGCUGGCGCAGGCAGUUGGGGAUUCCUCGCCAUCACACCACUAUACUCUGCCGAAUUGGCGCCGCCAGGCCUUCGAGGCUUGAUGGUCGGAAUGAACGGUGUCAACAUCGCCCUUGGUUAUGCACUGGCAACCUAUAUGGGCCUCGCAUUCUACUAUGUCGAGAAUCCUUCAGCACAGUGGCGCGGUCCUCUAGGGAUCGCAUUGAUUUGGCCAGUACUCAUGGUUCUUGUUUGCUUCAUCCUGCCAGAGAGCCCUCGAUACCUCCUCAUGAAAGGGAGGGUUGAUGAAGCACGAGAAGUUGUGUUCAGACUCCACGCGAUCAAGGGCGACGUGGACAAUGAGUUCGCCAGAGAGGAGUUCUACCAGAUGUCCAAACAAGCCGAGCUCGAUAGAACCAUGGAUCCGGGGUGGCUCGAAAUGUUCCGACGACCCAGUUACCGCAAGCGAACUCUGAUGGCUAUGGGCUUCGCGUUUAUCGGACAGUCAACUGGCGUGCUUGUGCUCAACAACUACGGACCUACCAUCUACGCAGCGCUUGGUUAUGACACCCUUUACCAGCUCAUUUUCCAGUGUGGUUGGAUCUCAGUUGGCAUCUUCACCAACCUGCUUGGAGCUUUGGUGAUGGAUUGGACAGGUCGACGACCGCUGUUGAUGAUCGGUGUCGGCGGCUGCUGUGUGUCUCUCAUUUUAGAAGCAGCGAUGGUCAGCUCGUUUGCAGCCGAAGCAACAAACAAGGCUGGUCUCGAAAUGGGCGUUGCUGCAGCGUAUUUGUUCAUUGCAGUGUACGGGAUGGGAAUUGACGUAGCUGGCGUCGUGUUCUACAGUGAACUGUUUCCCAACCAUCUUCGUGCGAAAGGUAUUGCUCUGAGCAUCGGCACGAUCGCACUUACAGAUCUGGUGUACCUACAAGUUGCAGCCACGGCCUUCGCGAACAUCGGAUGGAAGUUCUAUCUCGUCUUCAUCAUCAUAUCGGGCUUGGGGACAUUUUUCGUCUAUUUCUUCCUUCCGGAAACAAAGAACAUUCCCCUCGAAGAGAUGGCCAAGCUGUUCGGUGAUGAGGUCGCGGUGUAUGCGGAAGACUUACACGUGGACCAGCGCACUCAUGAGCUUAUUGUCGAUGAGCAUGGCGUCGCGGACGGCGGACAAGUUCAUCGAGUCGCUACCGAAGCCGGAGGCCCGCUUAGACACCCUGCAGAACUCGAUACGGAGAAGGAGGGUAUUGCACACGCAGGUACCGUUGAACAUGUGGACUCUACAGCAGCUUCUAAGCACUGA